AUGCUGAUCUACUUACAGGUUGUUCAACAUGUACUAAACGCCGCAUCAAUUGUGAUCGUGGCCAACCUUCUUGCCAAAAGUGCCUCAAAAGAGGCCCCACUUGUCCUGGAUGUGGACCCAAGCUGCGAUGGGCCGGUGGAGCAGCAGUACGUGUUAAAAGCACCUGAUAUCGAGUCACUGGGUGGAUUUUCCCUAGAAGAACUCGUGGAUUACUAUGAUAAGACCAUAGCCCCACGCAUGGUCUGGCUUGACUCAGAAAACAAUAUCUAUCGUCGCCACAUUCUCCCGCUGGCCCAGAAGAACAAGGUUGUUCGUCUUGCUAUUGCUGCAGUAUCUGCCCAGCAUGCAGCAUGUCGUCAAGGAAAUCGCAUCGUUCCAGAAGACGCAAGAAACGAAGCUGUUCAGAUCAUCACAAACCAUAUCAAUGACAUCACAGAUCGAGGCAUGCGUGGACACGAUCUCAAUUUGGGCCUUGAUCUAGAAGCCGCGGAAUGGAUUUUGGCCUCAAUGCUAGUUCUAUCCUGCUAUGAGAUGGCUCAUUCUGGAGCCGAAACUGCCGAAUUUCACAGAAAAGCCGCCCGCUCACUUGUCACGACUUUGUCUUCCACAGAUUAUUGCAAGAGCAAAUUUUUCAUAUCAAUGAGGAAUAAAUUGGCAGUUUAUGAGGUCUUUGGCUGUACAACCUCUUUUGAUAUACAAACGAUCAAGAAUGCUGUGCUCUCCAACCGUGGAGAUGAAUUGGUGGGAUGUGAUAAGACGAGCCUUUUUUUGGGGUAUCUCAACCUCGUCCAUGAGGUCACAAUGCUUGGACGAUCAGGAAAUGCCGAAUGUACCCACUAG